UGUAUCCACAAUGGACGGAAUGAAAGAACAUGUUGAGAAUUUCGCAAAUGCUUCUUGUGCGGAGCCAAAAGCUAGUCUUGGUCAUGGAUGUGGUUGAAAUUCAAGUUUGGGUUGAGAAAACUAUUUACCAGGCGAUUACCAUGAUAACAGAUGGCUAGUUGGCUUCUAUGCCGAAGUGGUGAUCAUCAUUGUCUUUACUUCUUCAAUCCUUGUCGUAUCUUUGCUCGUAGAGAAGGAAGUGGGCAAGCAACGAUACCCGAACGUCACUACCCUAACAAUGGCGAUUGACAGGGCAGUGAGUCCAGAUGAAGUUCGAGGUUUUGCUUCAAAGCUGCAGCAGUUAUCUGUCACAUCGCCAGGUGAUCUGGUGACUGCUAACGGCGCCUCACUCCUUGCGUCUCUGGUGAAUAAAUCCAUCCGGGCUCAGGUUGAGUCCGUCGGCAAUGGAUCAGGAUCGGAGUUUGUAAACACGGUCACACGCAAUGUCGCCACAACCGUUAGCAACCUGAUGGAGAACGUUCCUCAAGACGCUCCAGGCAAUGCCCCGCUGUCCAAAGCAACAGUCAUAAUCCGCAUAGCGUUGGAAACGUUAAUGGAGGCUACAGCCGUCUCUUUCCACACGCCAUUCCAAGUAUCUUCUCCAAACCUAGCUCUGAGUUGCCAUUGCCCGAGCCAGUCUUACUCUCAGCUCUCCGUUUCUGAUGAAACCAGCAACGACAAUCAUUCAUCACUUACGAUUUUAUCGGAGAGCAAUGGCGAGCCAAGCAUCUUGGCAGGUGUGCGUGUUCCACCGCUGAUGCGAUCAUCCCCUACGAGUGAUCCGGAAAGCCAAAGUGACUGUGGGCAAGCUUCGCCUGUGGAGAUCAUUGCCUAUCGGACUCCUAUGCUAUUCCGUCCCAGUGGUGAAGACCUGAAGCCGGGAUCUCCAGCACCAGAGGCUAUCCAAAGUGUUGUGCUGAGCGUCAAGUUUCGUGGGCAUGACCACGUGGACCUACUUGGCAACCCGGUCCAGUUGAACUUCACACAUAACGACAUAGGCGGCACGCACCGCGCUAUGUGUUCCUAUUGGCAUAAAAACACCGAAUCAUGGAGGCAGGAUGGCUGUCGGGCCAUCUCAUCCGGCAAAAAUCCAGGAAUGACAAGCUGCGAAUGCGAUCACUUGACCAACUUCGCCCUGCUGUUCGUUCGUGAUGAUGUCAUCACAUCCGAUGGGCAUGGCAACGCAGGCAGAGCCCUGACGAUCAUUACAUUCGUAGGCAGCGCGCUGAGCAUCAUCUGCCUUCUGGCCACCGUUGUCAUUAUCCUCUACUUCAAGAAGCUUCGCACCAAGCCGUUCCAGCAGACAGCACUCCAGCUAUCUCUGGCACUCAUCCUCAACACCGUGCUGGUUCUGCUGGUGAUGCAGGGACGAGACGAGAACGUGCUCAGCGCCGAGAACGACAGCCUGUGCACCGCUCUGGCCGUGGUAAUGCACCUCAGCUUGCUCGUGGUGUUCGGUUUGAUGGCAGCGGCGGCGGUACACCUGUACCUGAUCAUCGUGAAGACUAAACACGACCAGCGCACCGUACGCCUAGUCUAUGCCCUUGCCUAUGGUACUCCAUUCAUCAUCGUUGUUUUUCCAGCCGGCAUAACAAGACUUGACGCCUACGGCUCGGAAAAGCUAUGUUGGCUAAAGGAUGACAGUACAUUUUACACCACCGUCGUAACACCGCUCUGUGGCAUGCUGGUGUUUAACUGCAUCAUGCUGACCAGUAUUGCCAAGCACCUGUACCACGUACGCAAGAACCUCAGCUCUCAGAAGCAGGGGCGCGAGAUCAACUUAGUUACCGUGGUGACAUCCAUGUCGGUGGUGAUUGGCCUGGCUUGGAUCAGCGGCGUGUUGCUUGUGAUCCAUAACACUGUUGCGACGCAGUACAUCUUUACUCUGCUCGUGAGCACACAAGGCUGCCUCAUGUUCGCCGUCCACACGGCACGAUCCCCCGACGUUCGUCAGGAACUGCUCAAAUCGGUUCACUCGUCCACCGCGUCUUCGGCCUUGUCAACAAAGCGUCGCCGCGGGUCAAAUGGGAAUGGGUCCAGUAGCACGCCUACCUCCUUUGUCCUGGAUCACAUCCGCAGCUUGUCCCUGUUCAGCCGACGCAGCUCCGCGACACUUUCCCAGCCAACCAGUAGCAGUGUUUGAGACUACAAUCAGUGUGCAGUGGUACUGCUCGGAGCCCAGUCCAGUAUAUCGAGUGCUGGGUCUUACAGGUCAUGGGACAUCAGUAAGUACUUACAUAACUGUUACUGCGUAUGCUUGGCCUCCGACUGCAUGUCGGCAUACCAGUCAGCUGAUCUUGGAUAAACAGUACAUGCACUCCAGCAAUAAAUUUCAUAUCUUUUUUGUGCCUGCACGUACAUGUAUGUUAUAUUUUAAAACAGCACAGUAUGCUGCAUGUUCCUGCAAUUUUCCCUGACUCUACU